ACACUAUCAGUUACACACUAUGGAUACCUCGAAAGCUGCUCAACAAACUCCAACUCAUGGCGCUCCCCUGACUUUUCUCCUCCGGCUGAACCGCCUUUGAGCUGUUGCCGAUUCCAUUGGCCUCCAACCAUUCCGGAUCGAUAUUCUCGAGGCUCAAAUGCGGAGCGACGUCUGCACCGUUCUUCGGUCCCUGUCUGUCCUGCAUCGUCCAGCCCAUACCCAGGUGUGCCCAGGGGUUCUUGUCCAUGUACUGGAACUCAAAGUCCUCAUAGCGAGGUUGCUCAAGGACUUGCUGGUAAUGGAGCGAAGAUCCGGGCCAGAUGGCGUUGACACGGCCAGUUUCGUUGUUCUUGUACCCUGUCGUGUGACGAACUGUCAGUACCGUAACUCCUUGAGUAUAGAUGUCCAAGAAAACUCACAGCUGCGACAUUCAUCCGCCCACACGGUGUGUUUCACCCACUCCUGAACAUGCUCGUUAAAGCUGUCAGUGAUAUCUUGCCUCGGUACCCAGCUGCGAAGGUUCUCAUUCUGCGUCUUCUUGAUCAGCCUGAUCGCGUAGUCUGAAACGGAAUGCAAUGGCGCCAUGACGCUCCCGUUUUGGAUAGGCCAAGUUGGUCCGAUGAAGGUCAUGAAGUUGGGCAUGUCGGGUACCGCCAGCCCAAGAUAGGAUUCGGGAGCAGUUGCCCACUUGUCCUUCAGGUCAACGCCAUUCUUGCCUACGACCGGGAAAAGAGGCCGAUAUGUAUUGUCGUAGCCAGUGGCACAGACAACCGUGUCAACCUUGCGCUCAACGCCAUCGGCCCCCACCACACCGUCUGCUGUACAGCUGACCACAGCGGUAAAGUGUACAUCGACAUUAUCUUUCUGGAUGGCUUCCAUGUAAGGAUCACCAGGCGUGAUCCUUCGGCACCCAAAGCCAAACGUGGGGGUGAAACCCUGCAGCAAACGUUGAUCCUUGAUAAUUUCCCCCAUACGCUUGCGGAAAAAGCCAGACGCCCCCUUCUGCGCCAUGGAACCACUGUAGAAAGCGCCCCAGGUGCCAUUCACUUCGCUCUCGAUAGCCUUGGCAUGGGCAACAAGAUGGCCGGGGUUCCGUCUGAACUCGUCACGCUCCUGUUGCGUGUAGAUCUUGGAUGGCGUGCCCGAGUUGCCGGCCAGGACUCCAAACCAGAUACCCGUCCGGACAAAAACGUCGAGGUGCUUUGUGUAAGGCUGCAUCCCAGGAACUGUUUGAACCGAUGAUGCGCCGGAGCCGAUGACAGCAACGCGUUCAUUUGCCCAUUUGUCCUGCUGGUAAUCCUCGGGCCACUGUGCGGUGUGGACUACUCGUCCUUUGAACCUGUCUGUCAGACCGGGGACAUCGGGCCACUGCAUUCCUACUUGGUUAAUUUCCUCUCUAACCCGACGUAACAGAGAUGGAGCCGUCUUACCUUUGGAGUGCUCAAGACACCUGUCGCAUGCAACAACACAUGGCAAUGAUCCUCAAACUCACGAGGUUCUUGCCCCGGUAUUUGCUGCCGUAGCUUGACGGUCCAGAUUCCCUCCUCCUCACGCCAGUAGCAGCCUACGACCUCGGUGUGAAAAGACAUGUAUUUACGGAGAUCAAAAGUCUUGCAGACCGUGUCGAGAUAUUUCCACAAAUCAUCGGAAAAGGCAAAAUAUCGCGGCCAGUCCGGGUACUAUACGCAGGCACCCACGUUGUCAGUUUCAAGCAAGACGGGCUUGGAAGCAAGGACCCUCUCACCAAUGCAAAUUGGUACGUAUACGCAUGACUUGGAACAUCACAGCCGGCACGUGGGUACUUGUUGGUGAGCCAUGUUCCUGGACAUCGGUUAGUUCCGAGGCCGGAUAGUGUAGAGAAGCUGAGUCUGACCUCCAAUGUCUCGGUUCUUCUCAUAGAUGACAUGUUCCACGUUCUGGCAGUCUUUCCGGAUACGAUAUGCCAUCAAAAUACCAGAUAUACCGGCGCCAAUAGUCAAGACUCGCAGUUUCCGGUUCUGAGGGUCGUUCCAUGUCAGGUGCUGGGGGAUGUUGUACACCGGCGCCUCUGCUGCUGGCGCUGGUGAGUGGUUCGGCUGUUGACCCUCGGGGGUUUCUUCUUUCAGGAAAGGGGCCAUCGAAAAGUCUCUUGACGAAUCUGUACAAGGGCAUUGUUGCGUUCAUCUUGGGCCGGCAAGCUGCUUUGUUAACAUUUUGAGAUCCUGCCUUCUCGCCCUUGCUAACGGAAAGCGGGCCAGCCCGUGUCGGCCCACGGGCAAAGUUCAGCUAUCAGCCGGUCACCGAACCUUCGGCUGGAUCUUGGUGUGGUCACACAAAGAUGGCAACGCCGCGCCUGCGCUUCGGCUGACAUAAGGUAGCUGGCGCAUUCAACAAGAGGGGCUUUGCAACAAGGGAUUCUCAUGCCCACUAUUCACUUCACAACACAUCUAACCGCUACCUUACCCGUUCAACAUCGCAGUCAGCAACCAUGGCCGUGCCCCCAGCUCCCAAGCCCCCCAGCCUCCUAGGCUACCACCGCAUCCUCUCCCCCUUGGCCGGCGUCCGCGUCUCCCCGCUUUGCCUGGGCACCAUGAGCUUUGGCGAAGCGUGGAAAGGCCGCCUGGGCGAGUGCACCAAGGACACAGCCUUUGAGAUCCUCGAUUGCUUCUACAACGCCGGCGGCAACUUUAUCGACACGGCCAACUUUUACCAGGAUGAGGACAGCGAGAAGUGGCUCGGCGAGUGGAUCGAGGCUCGUCAGAACCGCGACGAGCUCGUCAUCGCCACAAAGUAUACCAUGCCCUACCGCCUUCGCGGCCAUGAGAAGAUCAAGUCCAACUUCCAGGGCAACCAGGUCAAGAGCAUGCGACUGUCUCUGGAGGCGAGCUUGAAGAAGCUCAAGACUGACUACGUCGACGUGCUGCUGGUGCAUAUAUGGGAUUACACCACCAGCGUCGAGGAGAUGAUGCAGGGGCUGCAUCACCUUGUUUCGAGCGGCAAGGUGUUUUAUCUCGGAAUCAGUGGCGCUCCAGCGUGGGUUGUGGUCAAGUGCAACGAAUAUGCCCGCCACCACGGCUUGACAAGGUUCAGUGUCUACCAAGGUCAUUGGUCCUGCAGCUUCCGCGAUAUGGAGCGCGAGAUCAUCCCCAUGUGCGAGUCCGAAGGUCUCGGCAUCAUGCCGUGGGGUGUUCUCGGUCGCGGGCAGUUCAGGUCAUCCGAGGAGUACGCUCGCGAGGGCCGCAAGAUGGGCCCCCAGGACGAGACGCAUCGUCGCAUGACUGCGACGCUGAGCGAGCUUGCUGAGAGAAAGAACACGGUUCCGACUAGCAUUGCCCUCGCUUACGUGAUGCACAAGGUGCCCUACGUUUUCCCCGUCCUUGGUGGUCGGAAGGUCGAACAUCUCAAGAGCAACAUUGAGGCCCUCAGCAUCGAGCUGACCGCCGAGGAAAUCCAGGAGAUUGAUAACUCUGAGCCGUUUGAUCCUGGCUAUCCUCUGAACUUUUUGUUUGAGACCCCAGCGCAGAGAUACCGGUUGGAUAUGUCUGCGAGGCAUAUUUGGCAGUUGACAUGCAACACCAGGUUGGAGACAGUUCCAAAGCCGAGACCCAUCGAACCUAAGCAGGGGAUGAAACAGUUUGAUUUGUAGACUUGGAUUGGGAAACAUGGACAGGAUGGAGCACAGAUCCUAGAUACUUCGAUGAUUGAAAACGCAAUAUGACAUUCCUUCCCAGCUGAACGCAAACUAGGUACGAGCAGUGUGACGUCCACUCAAAGCCGUGUUGUGGCAAUUGUGACAUGAGUAAAUUCAUGAACAAGUUCCAUGUCCGGACCGUCUGUAGAAGAAAUAGGCUUGCAUCCACGAUGGGCCUGACAAC